UCUAGCCCACUCUAAGGUCUCCUUGCUUCCCUGCCUUCAGCCCCUGGCAACAUAAUAGCAGGAAGUAUGGAUUUCAGAUCAAAUAGAAUCCUGGUCUUGCCACUUCUAGCUGACUGUCAGUCUCUUUAAUGUCUUGUCUUGAGAAUGGAUCAAUUGUUAGAAUUUAUAAUGAGAGAGACUGUGUUCUAGUCCAGCCCCAAUCGCCAGUCUUGACGACAGCUGGCCCAUGAUAUUUACUAUAGUCUGUGUGUACACUGGAACAGGAAUGACAGCUGUCCUUCCCUGGGAAGGACUGACCUCUUCUCUUCUCCUUUGCCUACCAUUCUUUCUCUUUUCCUCUUCCUCCUCUGUCUAUGUUAGUUUAUGCAUAAUGCCUGUACGUGUGUGGAGGUCAGAGGUCAGAGGUUGACACUGAACAUCUUCCUUAGUCACUCUCCACCUUUGUUUUUGAGACAGUCUCUCACUGAAGUAGGACCUCACUAAUUCGUUAGACUGACUGGCCAGCAGAGCCGGAGUGUCUGUCUCCUCAGGACUGUGAGAGUACACCCUGCUCUUUAUGUGGGUACUGGGAUUGACCUCUGGUCUUAAUGCUGAAACAACAAGCAUUUUACCAACUGAGCAGUCUCCCUACCCUGUGCCACCUGUGAGGACCAGGCAGCUACUGGAGGGCUCGCCCACGAGACUGAGGAUGGUCUCUUCACUUAUGUAUUCCGACCAUCCCAGCACAUACGCAGCCACCGGGUGACUUCAGCCCAGCUGUGGUUCCACACAGGGCUAGACAGGAAGAGCACGGCAGCCUCCAAUAGCUCUGGGCCCCUGCUAGAUCUUCUGGUGCUAUCCUCUGGGGGGCCCAUGGCUGUGCCUGUGUCCUUGGGACAGGGCCCUCCACGGUGGGCUGUACUGCAUCUGGCAGCCUCUGCUUUCCCUCUGCUGACCCACCCCAUCCUAGUGCUGCUACUGCGAUGCCCACUCUGUUCCUGCUCAGGCCGGCCUGAGACCACUCCUUUCCUGGUAGCCCACACUAGGGCUAGAACACCCAGUGCGGGGGAGAGGGCCCGGCGUUCAACUCCCUCAAUGCCUUGGCCUUGGUCUCCUUCAGCUUUGCGUUUGCUGCAGAGGCCUCCAGAGGAACCUGCUGCCCACGCCUUCUGCCACCGAGCUGCCCUCAACAUCUCCUUCCAGGAGCUGGGCUGGGACCGCUGGAUCGUACACCCUCCCAGUUUCAUAUUCCACUACUGCCAUGGUAGCUGCGGGAUGCCCACAUCUGACCUGCCUCUGCCAGUCCCUGGGGUUCCCCCUACCCCGGUUCAGCCCCUGUUUUUGGUGCCAGGGGCUAAGCCCUGCUGUGCUGCUCUACCAGGGAGCAUGAGGUCCCUACGUGUCAGAACCACCUCAGAUGGAGGUUACUCUUUCAAGUAUGAGAUGGUACCCAACCUUAUUACACAACACUGUGCUUGUAUCUAAAAACACCUUGUGUCCGCCCACAGCGGAUGGCCACCAUCCCAGGUCGUUUGUCAGCUAGGAAGAAGGUGGGUGUGGAAAGUAGACAGUUUCCACCUCCUUUCCUCUACGUCUAUCUUUGUGAGGGUUCCAUAUCCCGCUCCACCCAGGUCCUGUGGAUAACAAUAAAGAAGGAAGUGUGUGUGACUUUGUAUGCA